GUAACUGUUUCUUUUUUUUCUGACUUGCAAAUGUUUAUUUUAUGAAAACAAUUUUAUUUCUAAAAGAACAUAUUUCAUUUUAUAUGUAAAUGACUCAUCAAAAUUGGUUGAAAUUAAAUUUCAGUGUGUCUUUUAUUAGCGAAAAAACAGUUUCCAACCAAGCUAGGUCUUCAAGGGGAAUUUGCCACUCGCAAUAUGGCGGAUGCGAUGACACGUCGUUUCUACCGGGCGAUGACGUCCAUGCGGCCUCUGCUCUCAUGUAUGCUGAGUCAUCACCAGUUCAAGGGGCGGGAUUUCAAGGCUUCUGUGCUCUGCUCUUCUCAUCUUUCCUUUCAAUCAAAGAAACUCUUCAAAUUGCUUGUGAAGAAAAUCUGAAAUACAAGUCCACAGAUGCAUCAUAAGUUUGCCUAAUUUCUUCUCAGCCGAUCAACCACAGCAGAAGAAAUGCUGUAACAGCUGUGCAAAAGGCCAUCAAACCCAUUUACUGCAGAGCCACAGGGGACACGUCACAGUCUGCCUCUAUCAUGACACCCAGUGGUAAAUUAAGUCACCGACAUCCUGUAUUUAAACAUUUUACACCUAGACAGCAGGACUGAAACAGUCCAUUGCCUUCAUGUGACAGAAGAAAGAAGAAAGAAAUUUCAUGAAAAUUUUCUGGAUUUUUAGGGCAGCCAUGGCAGCUGAGCUGGAUGUAGUGAACCUGUUCUUCGUUGCUGGAGCAACACUCGCUAUUCCCAUCCUGGCUUUUCUGGCCUCGUUCCUUCUCUGGCCAUCUGUACUCAUCAAAGUGUAUUACUGGUACUGGAGAAGGACUUUGGGCCUGCAGGUUCGCUAUGCAGACUGUGGAGGUUAUCGCUUCUGUUAUUCCUACAGAGGAAAGCCUGGGAUGAGGCCCUCCAUCCUGAUGCUCCAUGGCUUCUCUGCUCACAAAGACAUGUGGCUGACUGUUGUCAAGUAUUUACCAAAACACCUGCACAUUGUGUGCGUGGACAUGCCUGGCCACGAGGGGACGACACGCACCACCACCGAGGAUUACUCCAUUCAGGGGCAGGUCAGAAGGAUCCAUCAGUUUGUGGGAAGCAUUCAUUUAAACAGAAAAGUGUUCCAUCUGGUGGGAACCUCCAUGGGGGGAAACGUUGCUGGGGUUUAUGCGGCCUGCUAUCCCUCAGAAAUCUGCAGCAUGACUCUCAUCUGCCCCGAUGGAAUAAAACACCCAUGUGAGACCAAAUUUGACAACCACCUUCAAGACCUGGAACAGAGCAACUUCACGUUGAACAUCCCUUUGAUUCCAACUACACCUGACGAGAUGGAGGACAUGUUCAGACUCUGUUCUCACGUUCGCUUUAAGAUUCCUCAGCAGAUUCUUCAAGGACUGGUCGAUGUCCGAGAACCUCACAACACGUUCUACGAGGAAGUAUUUAUGAAGAUCAUCGGUGAGAAAUCAAGAUAUGCCUUACAGGAGCAUUUGCAUCUCAUAACGUCACCUUUACAAGUGAUUUGGGGCAAACAAGAUCAGGUGGUGGAUGUCUCUGGAGCUACAGUCAUUGCAGAGUUGGUGCCUGGAUGCAGAGUGGACUUGCUGGACAACUGUGGUCACUCUGUGGUGAUGGAAAAGCCUUGCCGGACAGCCAAACUUAUCCUGGAAUUUAUUAUUCUGCAGCAAAAUGCCAAGAGCGGCACAAAGAAGUCUUCUUGAAUAUUUAAGUCUUCUAAUGCAUUGUUGUGUUGCAGUCUUAAAAAGACUCACACACCUGGAGCAAACACUACAAUGUAGAGAUGUUUAGGAAUAGCAUUUUAUUAACAAUUUAAAGAGAAUGACAAUAGUUAAGAUUUUGCUGGUGUGUCCUUAUGUUUAAGGGUGUUUUUAAUGUCACUUUCAAAAAACACAUCUCCUGCUCAGAAAUGGGAAAAAUGUAUUUGUCUCUCAUUUGUAAUACAAUAUCAAACAAAUUUGACAUUGUUUUUCAUAUUAUUUCUGGUACUAAUUUUGACAUAUUUGGAUAAUUGUACAUCCAUUUAACCUAGAUUUCAAUUCAGUUCCGUUUUGUUUGUUCAGAUAUAUGUUUCAUAAUAAAAUAUGCAAUCUUUUUGCCAUAUAUUUCUGACAUUAUUACCUACAGGUACAAAAUUAGAAUAUCAUGAAAAAGUUCAAUAUUUUUGUCACUCAUUUCAGAAAGUGAAACUCAUAUAUUAAAUAGAUUUAUUCCACAUAGAGUGAAAUAUUUCAAGCCUUUAUUUCUUGUA